AUGUCAAAUUCUAAUGGAACUCUGGUGGCUAUUAUGGUAAUUCUUAUCAUUAUAAUCAUUAGACGAUAAAGAUUUCAUAAGAUCUUACAGAUAAAUUAUAUAUUUAUGAGAUGGAUGAUCCAAGAGAUCUUGCAAUUUUAUUCGCUUCAAAACAUGAUUUACCAGGAAGAUGUCUAUUGAAAUUAAUAGAUAAUAUAACCUAAUUCAAAUCUAUAACCAAAUAAAAUAAGGCCAAACUUAAGACUAGUAAUCAUGUGUUAUCAUCAAAUGACUCUAACUCUAACAAUAAACAUAACAGAUUUCAAACAUAACCCUCCUUUGAUUCUAAUGAUGAUAAUCCAACAGAAGAAAGUUUUCAUAAUAUAAUAUUUUUAGAAUACUCUCAUAAUAUUCACAGAAGCAUUGGACUUCAUAAAUUUUAAGAAAACCCAAAUAAAAUUACAUCUAAUAAAAAAAACUCUAAUCAUGUAUUAUAUAUGAUGUUAUUUUUAAUAGUAAAUCAAAUACUAUGAUCAAAUGAAUUACUCUAAUUCUUAAGAUAGAAAAAUGUUUAAAGAAUAUUAAAAUAAUAACUAGAAUUAAUUAAAUAAAAUACUCAAUGAAUAAUUAAGUAUCACUUAGAAGACCGAUCAAAAAUAUGUUUGGAGGACAAUCCUAAGAAAAUUGUUUUCAAUUCUAGAUCAGGAAUAGAAAGGGUAUUUAGUCACUGAGUAGGUAGAUUUAUCACAAUUGAGUUAUGAAUUAUUACAAAUAGUCACUCCAGUCUUAUUGAUAAUGGAAGAGAAAGGAGGUAUUUUUACAUUUGAAAUGUUCUCACAAGAAAUCACAACUUAUUGUGUGAAGUGGAAUUUAAUUGACUUUUUACAUAAUUUACUAGUCAACUGA